ACGAACUGUUUUGCUGGUAGUUGUGGUAAUACAAUGAACAUUUAGAUGCGAUCACUAUAUAAGUUAAACGAUGAAAAAGCCUGGAAGGAGGAGAGAUGACUAGAAACGAUUCGGUUGGUCGUUUUUUGUCAGAGUAGAGGUCCUUGUGCAUUUUAGUUCAUGAGGACCAACAUUCCAGAUGUUUUUGGAGACAUGGAGACAUGACGUCCUUUCCUCUCACCAUACCGAAAUACCAGAGGAUCAACAUUAGACAUUGGCAGCUGGCAUCAGCUCACGAAGAAGAAGAACAAGGUGAAGGAAGUGACAUGCCUCGGCUUUCUGCGGUAGUUUGCUAGCUGUGCAUGAUGAUGGAGGAGGAAGAAUUGGAAUUUUCGGAGGGUUUGGAGGCUAUUUUGCAUCUUACUCCAGAGGUGCAGUUGGCCAUCGAGCAGGUUUUCCCCAGUCAAGACCCAUUGGACAGAGCAGAUUUUAAUGCUGUGGAAUACAUCAAUACAUUGUUUCCCACUGAGCAGUCACUGGCAAAUAUAGAUGAUGUGGUCAACAAGAUCCGUCUGAAGAUUCGGCGUCUGGAUGACAACAUCAGGAUGGUGGUGAGAGGUCAGACCAACGUGGGCCAGGAUGGCAGACAGGCACUGGCAGAGGCCCAGGUAGCCAUCGGCCAGCUCUUUGGCAAAAUCAAAGACAUUAAGGACAAGGCUGAGAAAUCUGAGCAAAUGGUCAAAGAGAUAACGCGGGACAUCAAACAGCUGGACCAUGCUAAGCGUCACCUGACCACCUCCAUCACCACCCUCAACCACCUGCACAUGCUGGCCGGGGGCGUUGACUCUCUAGAGGCCAUGACGAGGAGGAGGCAGUAUGGCGAGGUGGCUAACCUGCUACAGGGGGUGGUCAACGUGCUGGAGCACUUCCACAAAUACAUGGGCAUCCCUCAGAUCAGACAGCUCUCAGAGAGGGUGAAAGCAGCCCAAAGUGAGCUGGGGACUCAGAUCCUGGCAGACUUCGAAGAGGCCUUCCCCGCUCAGGGGUCAAAGAGAGCAGGGGGACCCAGUAACGUUCUGAGGGAUGCCUGUCUGGUGGCCAACGUCUUGGACCCUCGCAUCAAACAGGAGAUCAUCAAGAAGUUCAUCAGACAGCACCUCUCUGAGUACAUGGUGCUCUUCCAGGAGAACCAGGACGUAGCUUGGCUGGAUAAGAUCGACCGGCGCUACGCCUGGAUUAAGCGUCAGCUGGUGGACUAUGAGGAGAAGUACGGACGCAUGUUUCCUGAAGAGUGGUGUAUGACCGAACGCAUCGCUGUAGAGUUCUGCCACAUCACCAGGACAGAGCUGGCCAAAGUAAUGCGGACGCGGGACAAAGAGAUCGAGGUCAAGCUACUUCUGUUUGCCAUUCAGAGGACCACCAACUUCGAGGGGCUGCUCGCCAAGCGCUUCUCUGGGUGCACCCUCACCAACGGGCCCGGGGUGAAAAAGCCUGAGCCACCACUGGAGUCCACCAACCCUUUCCUGGAGGACGAGGUUGGAGAUGAUGGUUCAGAGAUGGAGGAGGAUCUGGAUAGGCCCAAGAAGCACAAGGCUCCUGACAACCCCUUCCAUGGCAUCAUUUCCAAGUGCUUUGAGCCUCACCUCUAUGUCUACAUCGAGUCUCAGGACAAGAACCUGGGGGAGAUGAUUGACCGUUUUGUGUCAGACUUCCGGGCGCAGGGCCCCCCCAAGGCGGGCACGGAGGACGGGGGAGCAGUGCUGCCCAGCUGUGCUGACCUGUUUGUCUACUAUAAGAAGUGCAUGGUGCAGUGCUCCCAGCUCAGCACAGGAGAACCUAUGAUCGCCCUCACCACCAUCUUCCAGAAGUACCUCAGAGAGUAUGCCUGGAAGAUACUGUCUGGAAACCUGCCCAAGACUAGCAGUAAUAGUGGAGGACUGACCAUCAAGAGUCUACUGCAGGAGAAGGAGGGUUCGGAGGCUGCUAAGUUCAAUGUAGAGGAGCUGUGUCUCAUCUGUAGCAUCCUCAGUACUGCAGAGUACUGUCUAGCCACCACACAGCAGUUGGAGGAAAAGCUGAAGGAGAAGGUGGAUAAGACUCUGGUGGAGAGAAUCAACCUGACUGGAGAGAUGGACACCUUCAGCAAUGUGAUUUCCAACAGUAUCCAGUUGCUUGUUCAGGACCUGGACGCUGCCUGUGAUCCUGCUCUCUCUACCAUGAGCAAGAUGCCAUGGCAGAGUGUAGAACAUGUAGGUGACCAAAGUCCCUACGUGACGUCAGUCAUCAUGCACAUCAAACAGAACGUCCCCAUCAUCAGAGGGAACCUGGCCUCCACACGAAAAUACUUCACCCAGUUCUGCAUCAAGUUCACCAACUCUUUUAUUCCUAAAUUCAUCAACCACUUGUUCAGGUGUAAGCCUAUCAGCAUGGUGGGGGCUGAACAGCUCCUGCUGGACACCCACUCCCUGAAGACAGUGUUGUUGGAUCUGCCCUCUAUAGGGUCUCAGGUGGUCCGCAAGGCCCCAGCCAGCUACACCAAGAUAGUCGUGAAGGGGAUGACCCGCGCUGAGAUGAUCCUCAAGGUGGUCAUGGCCCCCCAUGAACCCUCCGUGGUGUUUGUGGAUAACUACAUCAAGCUCCUCGCUGAUGGAAACCCAGAGACCUUCCAGAAAACUCUGGAUAUGAAGGGGUUGAAGCGCAGUGAGCAGAGCAGCAUGUUGGAGCUCUUCAGACAGAGGUUACCCACUCCACCCUCAGGGGCCGACGGAGGCCCCUCUCUCUCCUUCAGCACCCCCACCCCCGAGCAGGAGAUCUCGCGCAUACGCAAACUGGAGAAGCUCAUCAAAAAGAGACUAUGAGCGUGCACACACAUCACCAUACCACACACAAAAGAUUCCAGUAAUUCAUCUCAAAUACUUUUUCUUGCUCUGUUCAAGCAUAAUGGAGAAUUGCAGGCAGAGUAAAGACAUGAUUGUCUCAUUUUUGUUAGGAGCAUUAAUGACCCUAAUGAUUUCAAAAGUCAACUGUCGAAUUAUGAAGAAAUUUCCUCAGCUGCAGAGCUGUUGACACGUAUUACUCAUUUACUUGUGUUUUUCUUUUCUGCUUCUCUUUUUGACACUUAAUACCCAAGCUUUGUAAAUGUUAAAUGUAGACUAUAUCAUACAUGCGCUAUGCAUUUUAACUAAAUGUGUUUGCACUUAGACUGAGCUACUAACUAAAAACGGCUUUAGGAGCAAUUUGCUGCCGCUUUGGCACCUAUCCUCCCAGUCCCAGACUGAGAACAAGGAACUUCAAUGCGUUUGAAGCUAACAUUAUGAUAUUCUCCAGUCCUGUGCCUUUGUGUGUUUCUCUUGGUUCCCUGUUCAAGGGGAGGAUGCAGUUAGUUAGGAGUUUGUUUCCAGUGUCCCUUCACAACAAGAACACCCUCCAGGUGGAUGGACCGCAUCCCACCAUGCAUUGAUGUCUCCAGGUUCAGUGGUUAAGCCCCCAGGUCCAGGACAGAGAGGAUCUUGGGAUUUCCUAUCUCCUCAAUUAGACACGAGACCGUUUCUGUGCUUUUUGAAAAUCCCCCAUGAAAUGAGAACCAGUCAAAGCCUUUUAACUCUGGCCCUUCGCCAGGAACUGUAUGCGUGUGAGACAUUAAGCAUGUUCAUUUAUUUAAGCUCUAUUUCCCCAUGUAAUUCCUUGCUGAGCAUUUUAUAAAUGUCAAUCUGAAGUGUGUGUGUGUGUGUGUGUGUGUGUGUGUGUGUGUGUGUAUAUAUCUCUCUCUAUAUAAGUCUGAAACGAUUUGAUUACAGUGAGGGAGAGUUGCAGUACUUUAUAACAGAGGAACUCAUGUUCACUGUUGUACAAGGAUGCAUUGUACAACAUUAUAUUGAUUUCUGUUUUAUGAUUUAUUGUCUAAACCUUUUUUUUCUGUUAUUCCGGGCCUCUGUUUGACAUUGACAGGCCUAGAUUACCUGUCGAUAAUAAUGAAAAUUUACUGACACUCCCAUUAUGCUUGUUUGCACUGGGGUCGGAACGCAAUCAUGGUUACAUUAAGACACUGUGUAAGAUUGAAAUACUGCUUGUUUUCCCAGAAAACAUCCUCAUGCUAGCUAGCAGUAGCCACUGCGCCCAGUUUGGAAUGACAGUGUCAGCCAAUCAGCUCCUUUAUUGUUCAACCAUGGUGCUUCACGGUGUGUGUAACCAUGAUUGUGAUCCGACCCCAGUACAGCUCAAGCGUAACGGUAGGGUUGGUAUCUUCUGGCAAGUUCUCAUUAUGAUUGACAGGUCAUCUAGGCCUGUCAGUGUGAAACAGAGGCCUGGAAUAACGACAGAAAAGAAAAAGGUUUAGACAAAUCUUCAACAACAAAAAACAUACAUUGUAGAAAAUGAUCAUUGUAUAACAGUGAACAUGAGUUUCUGUUAGACAGGGAACUGAGAAGUUGGCACAAUGAUGCUAGUGGAGAACAACAAUAUAUUAUUGAACACAGUUGCUUUUCAUACUGUCAUUGAGCUAAUUAUACUGUCAUUGAGCUAAUUAUUUCUACUGUGACUUGCUUCGGAUAAAGUACUUAUUGCAUGUAACAGCAAAUACUCUGGAUCAGUGAUCAUUUGAGGUGGUUCAUUCAUAUUUGGUGGUGUAGCACAAGAUAAGGAUGGGGUCUGAAGAAUGUGUCUAUCGUCAAGUAUCUAUUCUAAAUAAUUGUGGUUGAGGCAUGAACGAUUGUUUUUGGAUUUCAUCCUUGGAAAUUCUUAUUCUCCCCAAGAGAAAUGUUUGUAUUAAUAUAUUAAUGCUUUUCAUGUACACAUUCAUGCCUUUAGUUAAUAAUAAGAAAAACAUUUUACUUUAUAUUGUCAGUAGGGAUAGGCCAUCAUUGUAAAUAAUAAUUUGUUCUUAACUGACUUGCCUAGUUAAAGGUUACAUUUAAAAAAUAAAAAUAAAUUAACUACUGUAGUGGCAACUGGUCAAAAACAUGAA